AUGUUCGUCCUGGUGGAGAUGGUGGACACCGUGCGGAUCCCCCCGUGGCAGUUUGAGAGGAAGCUCAACGACUCCAUUGCCGAAGAGCUGAACAAAAAGUUGGCCAACAAGGUCGUGUACAACGUGGGGCUCUGCAUCUGCCUGUUUGACAUCACUAAGCUGGAGGACGCCUACGUGUUCCCAGGAGACGGUGCGUCACACACCAAAGUCCAUUUUCGCUAUGUGGUGUUCCAUCCAUUCCUGGAUGAGAUUCUGAUCGGCAAGAUCAAAGGCUGCAGCCCGGAGGGAGUUCACGUCUCUCUAGGGUUCUUUGAUGACAUUCUCAUCCCCCCAGAGUCGCUGCAGCAGCCAGCCAAGUUCGACGAGGCAGAGCAGGUGUGGGUGUGGGAGUACGAGACGGAGGAAGGAGCGCACGACUUGUACAUGGACACCGGCGAGGAGAUCCGCUUCCGGGUGGUGGACGAGAGCUUUGUGGACACGUCCCCCACGGGGCCCAGCUCGGCAGAGGCCACCUCUUCCAGUGAGGAGCUGCCAAAGAAGGAGGCUCCGUACACGCUUGUGGGAUCCAUUAGCGAGCCAGGCCUGGGCCUCCUCUCCUGGUGGACCAGCAGCUAG